AUGGUGCCCCCUUGUGGCCUACUCACGCGUCGAGAGGAGCCAAUGCCACUAAAGAGCAUCUCUGUGACCUUGUCCAUACAAGAGUUUGUGGCUGAUGUGUCUGCAACCUUAAACUAUGAGAAUAAGGGGAGAGUUCCUGUGGAGGCCUUCUUUGUGUUUCCCAUGAAUGAAGACUCAGCUGUCUAUAGCUUUGAGGCCUUGGUGGAUGAGAAGAUAAUUGUGGCAGAAUUACAGGACAAGAUGAAGGCCCAUGCCUCCUAUGAGAAUGCCAUCUCUCAGGGCCACCAGGCCUUCCUACUGGAAGAGGAUGUGAGCUCCAGGGAUGUCUUCUGUUGCAAUGUGGGCAACCUCUAUCCUGGGUCAAAGGUGGCACUCACUCUGAAGUAUGUGCAAGAGCUGCCUCUGGAACCAGAUGGGGCCCUGCGCUUUGUGUUCCCAGCUAUCCUGAAUCCACGAUACCAUCUGUCCCGAUGGCCUGUGAACACAUGCCUUCAAAUUAAGGCUCCUGUAGUUGCUUUGGAUAACCUGCCCUACACGCUCAGCAUGACUGCCACUAUCAGUUCCCAGCACGGCAUCAAGAAGGUCCGGUCCAAUUGUCGUUUGACUCCUCUUAAAUAUCUUGGAAAUGAUAAAACUACUGCUCAGAUUUCCCUGGAUGAUGGGCACAAGUUUGAUCGAGACAUGCAGCUCCUGAUUUACUACAGUGAGGUGCACACCGCAAGUGUAGCUGUGGAACUGGGGAAACCAGAAACAAGUCCAGAUUGCUUUAUGGAAAAGCCAACUGCUAUGGUGAGUUUCUAUCCCAAUAUCCCACAAGCUCAGCCACCAGUUACCUGUGGAGAAUUUAUCUUCUUCAUGGACCGCUCAGGAAGUAUGCAGUGCCCCAUGAGUAAACAGGAUAAAUCCCAGUUGCGCAUAGAUGCUGCCAAGGAGACACUGAUUUUGCUGCUGAAGAGUUUACCUGUCUUUGGAUUUGGAUCUUCCUAUGAGUCAUGCUUUCAAGAUAGUGUGAGGUACACUCAGCAUACCAUGGAAGAGGCACUGAGGAAAAUUAAUGUUAUGAAAGCAGACCUAGGGGGCACUGAAAUCUUGACAACAUUCAAUGCCAUAUAUGGGUCACCCACCAUCCCUGGCCACCCUCUGCAGCUUUUUGUCUUCACAGAUGGAGAAGUUAGUGACACAUUUAGUGUAAUGAGCGAAGUUAAGAGCAACAGCAAGAGGCACAGAUGUUUCUCAUUUGGUAUUGGAGAAGGUGUUUCUACUAGCCUGCUAAAAGGCAUUGCCCGAGCAACAGGGGGCACUUCAGAGUUUAUCAGUGCCCAGGACAGGAUGCGGUCCAAGGCUCUUUUAGCCCUGAAGCGUUCUCUGCAGCCUGUGGUAGAGGACUUCUCACUAAGCUGGUCUUUGCCUCUUGGCCUGUCUGCUAAAGUGCUUUCCCCAGAGCAGCCAGUCAUCUUUAGGGGUCAGAGAUUAAUCAUCUAUGCCCAAUUAAUUGGGCUGAUGCCGCCAAAAGAGGCAAGAGGAGAAGUAUGCCUCACGUACAAACUUCAGGGCAAGAGUUUUGAGAAUAAGGUGACAUUUUCUCUACAUUCCAAGCCUGAUGCCAACUUCACCAUUCACCACCUUUCUGCCAAGUCCUUGCUCCAGUUAAAGGACAUGGGCUUCAGAGAGACUCCAGCAAAUGACAAAAAAGAAGUUUUGAAGAUUAGCCUUGAGUGUGGAAUCGUGAGCUCUCACACAGCUUUCAUUGCCAUCAGCAAGGAUCUCAAUCAACCAGUUCAGGGGCCGCUGGUUUGUAGGGAUAUUCCAAGGCCAGUUCUGUUGGGUGCUGUCACUGCAAUGCCAAGAUGCUAUGGAGGUGCUUAUGCAAAGGCCUCAUCCUCCUACUACACACCUGCAGCUGACUCCAUGAGGAGAAGUCCUUAUUACUCAAACAUGCCAUUUCAGCCAAGAAGCAAUGGAGGCUCAAAUAUUUUUGGUCACCGUAGGCCAAUGAGUUACAGGGAAAUGUACACCCUAGUCUUUGGAGAUAAUCACCUCGUGCAGCUAAUUUGCCUCCAAAAGGCAGACGGUUCUUGGGAUCUGAAUGAAGGUCUGGCCUUGGUCCUAGGUACGAGUGUGGAAGACAUACUGGCUGCCCUUCCUCACAAGGUGAGAUUCCCAGAAGAAAAAUGA